AAAAAGAAUACAUUCUCUUUUCAUUUUUCAUCACUCUUAAAAUACCAAAAAAAACAUACACAACUGUUAAGAAAAAAAAGAAUAUGGCUUUGGAAAACUGUUUUCAACUGAGCACAGUGUGCACUACUAGAACUGCUGCUCUACAAUGUUACCAUCCAUUUUCUUCAAAGGAAAGGCUUAAUUUUCCGACAUGUAAUGCAUUGAAGAAGUCAUUACUCACAUCAGUCACAUGCUCUUCAUCUUCUUCAUCGUACCCUCAUUCAAUCAGUGUCAAACCCAGAAAACCAAGCAUUGUCUGCAAAGCUCGUGAAGCUGUGGAUGAAGUUCAAGUGGUGACAGAUUCAAACUGGAAUAACCUUGUGAUUGCAAGUGAAAACCCAGUUCUGGUGGAGUUUUGGGCACCAUGGUGCGGACCUUGUAGGAUGAUUGCCCCUGUGAUUGAGGAACUAGCAAAAGAAUAUGCAGGAAAGAUCCUGUGCCUCAAGCUCAACACCGAUGACUGCCCCAACAUUGCCACUCAGUAUGGAAUCAGGAGCAUUCCAACUGUGCUGUUUUUCAAGAAUGGAGAGAAGAAAGAGAGUGUAAUUGGUGCAGUGCCCAAGUCCACCUUAUCUGCUACUGUCGAGAAAUAUGUUGAGGCUUGAAGCUUGAAAGAGAAAUGAGAAACAUUACCUUUAGGCAUAAGGACACUAAUAUUGUGUCAAUGAAUUUAUUGUUGAUUCAGAAGGCACUAUUCCAGUAUUCAAGAGCAUUUUCGUAUGUAAAUGUUAACACCAUACUCAUUAUCUCCUUCAUUUGGUACAUGUUAUGUUAAAUAACCUUUUCUGCA